AGAACUGCUCUGCGCUUUGAUCAUCUCUCCCUGUGCACCUUCAAUGGACACGGCUCAACUGUCCGUCGAAUAGUUGCUCUUUCGAACGAAAAUUCGUUCAUAUCCGCAUCUUCCGACAAGACUGUGAAGCUUUGGUCCAUCAAGCCUGAGCUAGACACAGUUGAAGCACAGCAGACAUACAGUAGACAUCAGCGGUCCAUUCAAGACGUGGCCCUUUUGGCCAAUAAUCUCAUCGCAUCGACUGAUGGGAUUCUUCAUGUCUGGGACCCAUUCCGAGGUGCUAUCAUUGCUCAGCUAGAUUGGGAUUCUGAACCAACUAUUUCCGGAUUAGCCCAUGUAGAUCGACACUCAAUGGCAGCCAUCUCUAGCCUACAUUCUACCGUUCGAUUACUAGACACACGAACGGGUGGUUGGACCAGCGAAUUGAAAGUGUCGAAUUUGCCUGGCCUGACGAGAGCUUUUUCUGUACGAGAUUCUGGUCGCAAAAUGGUCGUUGCUUUAUCAAACGGGACUUUGGUAGUACUUGAUGCUCGAACUGGUCGACUAACAUCGCUUUCACAUGGAAAUAACACGCAUACCACUGCGAUAAAAUGGCUAACCGAAACCGAUUUCCUCGUAUGUGAUGCUGACGAACCUGGGACCAUCUUUUCUGCCAACCCACGAAUAAGUACCGUUCGUAAAUUUGCCGACACUGUCACG